CUCCCCAGAGAGGGGCGGCGGGCGUUCCCCGCGGGCGGCCCGGAGCCGACGAGGCGCUCUCCGCCCCGCCCCCACGGUGCACUCCUUCACCGUUGGGCCCUUCCUCCCCGCUGCCCCGGUUUCCUAGUGGCUGUUGACGUCUGUCUGGCGCGCCUGACUCCACAGCGUGUACACGUCCUUCCGAGUUAUGGCUUCCUUAUGGGCGCAGAGGCUCCGGCCGCGAUGAGCUUGGUUGUGAGGAACCUGCAGCGGGCGGUGCCCCUGAGGCGGGCGCGGCUCCGCGAGAAGGUGCAGGCGGUGCGGAGAGCCCUGGGGGUGCAGAGGUUCGACCUGGGGGUCGUCUGUGUCGACAACAGAAAGAUUCAGCAGAUUAAUAGAAUCUACAGAGACAAAAAUACCCCAACAGAUGUGCUUUCCUUUCCAUUUUACGAGAGCCUGAAGGCAGGGGACACUCCGCAGCCUGAGUUCCCAGACGACUAUGAUUUAGGAGACAUCUUCCUGGGGGUGGAGUACAUCUUCCAGCACUGCAAAGAGAAUGAAGAUUACUAUGACGUCCUGACUGUGACUGCCACCCACGGGCUCUGUCACCUGCUGGGCUUCACACACAGCACGGAGGCCGAGUGGCAGAAGAUGUACCAGAAGGAGAAGCAGGUUCUCGAGGAGCUGAGCAGGUACACAGGGACCAGGCUUCAGCCCCUGAGCAGGGACCUCUUCUGACCGAAGUGCUGCCGUGUGGAGGGAAAGUGGAUCCCCCCCGCCCCGGGCCCCCGGGGUCAGGGCUCCCCGCGCGGAGGUCCCUGCUGGCCACUGCUGUCCUGUGGGGCUGCACAAGUGCCAGCCCUAGCAGGCGCUGAAUUCCACGAGUGGAAUUUGCCUCUUAAAACACGAGAGAAGGGCUUCCCUGGUGGCGCAGUGGUUGAGAGUCCGCCUGCCGAUGCAGGGGACACGGGUUCGUGCCCCGGUCUGGGAGGAUCCCACAUGCCGUGGAGCGGCUGGGCCCAUGAGCCAUGGCCGCUGGGCCUGCGUGUCCGGAGCCUGCGCUCCGCAAUGGGAGAGCCCACAGCAGUGAGAGGCCCGCGUACCACAAAAAACAAAAAAACAAAAAACAUGAGAGAAAUUUCCACUCAUUUCUUUGUUCAGGACACAGUAGGUAUGUUAUUUUCAGUGUUGUAAAUAAAAUAGUUCCAAGUGCUCAGGAUGCAGAGGUGGGGCGUGUCGGCCACCUCCUCCCUGGGGCUCUGCCUUUGACAAAGAGGCAUCUCCCACGUCUGUAUCCCUUCAGGACAAAUCAAGCAGCCCAGGUGGGCCUGCCCCCACUUCCUGUUGGAAUCCUGCUGGAUUCGGUCCCAUCCAGUUCUCAGGAGCGCUGGGGCCUGGAGCCUUUGCUUGGUGCCUCUGCAAGGUGAGGGACAAGGCUGACCCUCGAGGUGGCUGCAGGGCCAGGCCUACCCACCGCAGGGCACCCUCAGCAUGCCUCCUGCCAUCACCCACCCCUACCCAUCGGUCGCGGUCAGGCAGUUGCUCACAGACUGUGCUUGAGUCCUUUGCCGUGGCCCCGGCAUGGCAGAGCUCCGACUGCCAUGUCCCAUCCUCCUGUAGGAAAGCCUCCCUCCUGUCAGUAUAUCCUGCCGUGUGAAUAUGAAAAUAAACCCAGGAGUUUACCCCAGAGCUUUAUCCAGAGCUGUGCACAAGCUUCGGGCAUCACGGGUGGAAGCAGAUCUGGAAGGGGCGGGCGCCGAGCCAACCCGGGGCCUCCAAGCACUGACCACAGUGCCACAGACCCUCCAAGGAGCUCUGAACUGGUCAUGGAGAUAAAACACAGCCUCUCGGGGACACUGAAACCCCAAGUACUAUGAUUCUAAGAAUUUGGUUUCUCCCAUAAAUCGAUCAGAAACAUGAAAACGUGUUUCCCACUGGAUUUGUGUCCUGAGCCUGGACUUUCCCUGGCUCUCGGGAACACGGGCCCUGUCAUGUUCCUGAAUCAUUGGCCACGUGACCUAUUUGUCGUCAGUUAAGCUCGUUCUCGGUUUAAAGUCUAACAUGGCAAAGACCAAAGCUAACCCCACAAAGCUCUCCCCAGGCCUUUUUAAGGGACUGAAGGGGUCCUGAGACCCACUGGUCCUAUCAGCGAGUAUUUGGAGGUCACCACCUGCCAUUGGAGCUGACCCUCCAGAACCUCUGGUCAUGUCCGGAACACAGGCAGGUUUUCUCCUGGGCACGGGCCUGAGCAGAACUGCUGGGAGCUGGAGGCGGGAGGUCCAGCUUUAUAGCUGAUGCCUAUGAGUGUUUCCCCAGGGCUGGAUGGUUUGUCCCCACCAGCAGCCGUAGUAGUGGCCCCCAGGUCCUGCUACCUGGUGUCAGGUACCGAGCAACCUGCGUGUGCC